AUGGUAUGUCUCCGCUUUAAUGAAGCACUCGUUCAGAAAGGAACAGCUCGUUUGAGCGUUGGUGAAGUGCUUAGACGCUUACGAGUACUUCAAGCAGAACUUGCUGAUCAUGACCAGGAGCAAGUGGAGCGCUCGUCUUUAGAUGCAGUGAUUGCUGAGUUAGUGAAUGAAACGCUUAUAAAUCACAAGGAUAAAGGUGUCCGUGCAUAUACGGCAUGCUGUUUGGCUGAUAUUCUUCGGCUUUGUGCACCAGAUGCUCCGUAUACGCCGUCGCAGUUAAAUAGCAUUUUUGAAUUAUUUGUUAGUCAGUUGAAGGGACUUACUGGUCCUGAAAUGCCUUAUUAUGCACAAGCAUUUUAUCUUCUUGAGAGUUUGUCUCAAGUUAAGUCAAUAGUGUUAAUGGCGGACCUUUCUAAUGGGCAUGUAUUAACAAUUGAAUUAUUUCGUGUAUUUUUUGAAAUAGCGACUCCAGAACAACCACGUAAUGUUAUAAUUUCUAUGGUUGAUAUUUUGGCACAGUUGAUUGACGAAUCUGCAAUGCUUCCUUCAAAGGUUAUAGAUAUGAUAUUUUCCCAAUUUACUGGUCUUGGUUCAAAAACGAGUCAUCCAUUUACAUUAAAAAUUGAACGGCCACCAGCAUAUAUAAUGGCUAAACAGCUUUGUAAUAUAUGUGCUGAACGUUUGCAAAGAUAUGUAUGCCAAUACUUUACAGAUAUUGUUUUUGAGGCCAAUCGUUCGAUUGAUGAGAAUUUUCAGGUUGAAUUGGAUGAAGUAAUGUUGCAGGAUGUAGAAAAGGCACAUCGCUUGGUUUAUGAACUUUAUGUGGCUUCACCACCUAUUCUUGAAAACGUUAUGCCUCAGUUGGAGCAAGAGCUCAUGGCGGAAAAUGUAACGUUUCGACUUUUAAGCACAUCAACUAUUUCUGAAAUGCUGUCUGUCAAAGAACAAAAGAUUGAUUUUACUAAAGAAUACCCCUCUCUAUGGAAAAGCUGGUUGUCUCGUGGAAAUGAUAAAAGUCCUGUCAUACGAAUAAAAUGGUUAGAGGGUUUAUUUAAUGUUUUGGUAAAUUUUAGUUAUUCUACUGAAGUAAUGGCCACUGUAGUAGAGGGCAUUUUGGCAAAAUAUGUAGAUGUUGAUGAAAAAGUACGGAUGACUGUUUGUAAAAUGUUAGGUUCUUUGGAUUAUUGUACAGUUCGUGAAAAAAUUCCAAGCAAUGUUUUAGAUGUUUUGUCAGACCGAUCUAAAGAUAGGAAGCAAGUAGUCCGGAUUGAGGCAAUGCAUUGUCUUGGGAAAUUAUAUAAUAUGGCUUAUAAUGAUAUAUCAUUGAUUUUCCUUAGUUUAGAAAAUUUAAACGCUACAACAGAAUGGUUUUCGUUAAUUCCUUCUAGAAUACUGCAUACUAUAUACAUAAAUGAUAAGGAAAUUAAUAUAUUGUUAGAAUCUGUUUUAUAUGAAUAUAUUCUUGAUUAUAUGGAAAUAGAUGAUACCAAAAGAACGCAACGAAUGUUAGUUAUGUAUAAGAAUUUGGAUAGUCGGGCUAAGCAAGCAUUUUUAUCUUUAGGAAGAAAUCAGUCUAAAUAUGUCAAGAUAGCAGAGUAUUAUCUCGGUAUUUGCGAAAAAUAUAAUGGUGGUGUAAUUUCUGAUAAUGAAAAGAGAAUUCUUUCCUCUUUGAAUGAUGCUAUUACUCGCCUUAAAUCGUUAUAUGGUGAUCCUGUAAAGGCGGAGUUGGAUUUUGAGAAAUUUUCUAGGUUAAAUGAUAGGCGUUUAUAUAAGUUACUUAAAGAUUGUAUGAAUUUGUCAAAUGAUUAUAAACAAAUUUUAAAAUCUCAGAAAGAAUUUUUAAAGCGAAUAGAACAGGUUUCUUCUGCUUUAGUAGGAACAUUUAAAUUUUUUGUUUUUAAAAUAAGUCCUAUGUUAUAUAACAAAAGUGUAAUAUCACCGAUUAUCGAGUAUACUAGAUUUAAUAAAAAUAUGUUGGCAGAUACUGCACGUGAGCUCUUAAAGGAAAUAUCUUUAAUACAGCCUUCUGUAUAUAAAGCACACGUAACAGAAAUUUCGUUUUUGAUUAAAGAACAUAAUAUUGAAUCAAAUAUAUCUUGUACUGACACUUUAAAAGUUUAUGCUCAGUUUAUUUCUUCAUUUCCUCAAGAUAUAUCUACAGAUCCAAGAUUAUUAGAAGCAGUUACUUCUUUUGCCUUAAGAGGGAGUCCUUCGGAAUCAAAACAAGCUGUUUGUAUUUUAUUGCAUUCAAUUAAUAAAGAAAAGGUUCUUCAUGAUUUAAUUGAAGAAGUAUUUAAUGAUCUUUGUGUUUCUUCUUUGUAUUUUUUGACUAAGUUAUCUGCUUUAUCACAGCUUGUGCUUUAUGCUCCUGAUGAAAUGGAAUUGAAAGCUGAUCAAUAUACAAGUUUUUUAAUUAAAGAAGUAUUACUUGUUAAUCUUAUUUCUGAGGAGUCAAAUGAUGAAGACUGGGUUGAUGAUAAUGUUCUUGAGGAUGAAUGCAAAGCAAAGAUAUUAGCACUUAAGAUUCUUGUGAAUAGGCUAAGGGCAAAUAUGAACGCUGAUGGUGUUCAACAAUUGGCAAAGCCUGUGUUUCGACUUCUUGCAUCAAUUAUGACAAAUAUGGGGGAAAUUUCAAAAGAAAGAAACACUCCGCUGCGAUUUCAAUCACAUAUACGUCUAGUUGCAGGACGGUUGCUUUUAAAGUUGUCUAGUCUUAGUGUCUUUGAAGAGAUUAUUUCUGUUGAAGAUUUUUAUAAAAUGGCAUUGUUAGUUCAGGAUCCAUGUUUUCAAGUUCGUUAUAAUUUUGUCAAAAAAUUAAUGAAAUAUUUAAAUUUAGAUAAAUUAACUGCACGUUAUUACAUACCAAUUUUUCUUAUAGCUCAUGAGCCAGAAGAAGAAUUUAAACAAGAGGUAGUUAGAUGGAUUAAAUCAUGUGUUUCUGUUUCUCGGAACCGUGAAACUUUUACACUUGAAUAUUCGAUUGUAAGAUUUAUUCAUUUUCUUGCUCAUCAUCCGGAUUUUUCUACUGAUGUUGAUGAUUUAAUUGAUUUUGCAAAAUACAUAAAUUUUUAUUUAGAACUUUUAGCUACUUCAGACUCUCUUUCAUUAUUAUUUCAUUUAGUACAAAGGAUAAAACAAUUUUAUGAUUUAAUAUCUCCUGAAAAUAGUGAUAGACUUUAUGUUUUGUCGGAUUUAUCUCAAGCUUUAAUUAGGAUUAUGGCUAUGUCUAAUUCAUGGACAAUACAAAUUUAUCCUAAAAAACUUAAAUUACCUUCAGAACUAUACGCGAUAUUAACUAAUCCAAAAAUUGCUUCAGAGAUUGCUAAACGAGUUUAUGUUGAUAAGGAUAUUGAGGAAAGGCUUGUUUCGUUCACAAAAUUUUCUAGACUGGUUAAAAAACGGAAAUCUGUUGUUGAAAAAAUAGAAUUGGUUAAAAAAAUAGAACCUGUUAAGAAACGCCUUUCGAAAAAUACUUCUAAAAGUCAGAAAAAGUUAGAAAAUACAGUUGCGCCAUUAAGAAGGAGUAGACGAGUUUUGCAGGCUGUGAAUUAUGUUGAGAAUGGCGAUGAUGAUGAAAUGACUGAUGAAAUUAUAAGUAAUGAUGGAAGUAUUGAAAGUGAAAUUGAAGUAGAUAGUUUAGAUAGUGAUAAGAUGGAAAAAGAAUAA